AUGGCCGACUCAGCCCCACCAGUAGUCCGCGGCUCAAGCCGGUCGACUUCUGUGAGUGGUGCAGGGGACCGGCCCAGCAACGGCGUGCUUGAUUCAGGUACUGAGAAAGACAUGGUUCCCUCGAUAGAAAAGCGUGAACUGAAAGAGCACGAUUGCUAUGAUAAGCUAGGAUAUUGUUGGCCACGAUGGAAGAAAUGGACUUACCUCGCCGCCGUUGCAUGUGUUCAAGUAUCCAUGAACUUCAAUACUUCUGUUUACCCAAAUGCAGUCAAGCCACUCUCGUCGGCCUUCGGCAUUGGUGAACAAGAAGCCCGCACCGGACAAAUGAUCUAUCUUGUUACCUAUUCUAUUGGAUGUGAGCUUUGGGCGCCUUGGAGUGAGGAGUUUGGCCGUUGGCCAAUCCUCCAGCUUUCCAUGUUCCUGAUCAAUAUCUGGCAAAUUCCAGCAGCCUUGGCUCCUAACUGGGGUACUAUCGUUGUCGCGCGCGGCUUGGGUGGAAUUUCUACCGCUGGUGGUAGUGUGACUCUCGGUCUUAUUGCAGACAUCUACGAGCGGGAGACACAACAGUUCCCCUUGGCCUUCAUCGUUCUGUCCUCCUGCAUUGGUACCAGCAUUGGUGGAGUUAUUGGAGGACCAAUCGAAAGAUACCUCGGAUGGCAGUGGUUCUUCUGGAUUCAACUCAUCUUUGGAGGUGUUGUACAAGCAAUCAUCUUCUUUAUGCCUGAGAGUCGUUCGACAAUUCUCAUCGACCGGGAAGCUAAGAGACGGCGUGAAACCGGAGAAGACCCGAAUGUGUAUGGGCCCAACGAACUGAAGAAGCCCCGUGUCUCACUCAAAGAAGCCGGUAUGAUUUGGAUUCGGCCUUUCCACAUGCUUCUCCGCGAGCCCAUCGUACUCUGCCUGUCUCUCCUAUCCGGAUUCUCCGACGCACUUAUCUUCACCUUCCUUGAGAGUUUCUCGCUCGUCUACGAGCAGGGGUGGGGUUUUGGUGUGCUCGGACAGGCGUGGGCCAUUAUUCCGAUCAAUCUUGCCUACUUCCUCGCCUAUCUUUCUUAUAUCCCCUGGUUCUUACGGGACGGUGCUAUCCGCGAAGCCAAGGGUGAUGACGCUCUUCCACCUGAGCGCCGCCUGAAGUGGCUCCUAUUCCUUGCACCGUUUGAACCGAUUGGCUUGUUUGGGUUUGCGUGGACGUCUCUGGGACAAAAGUACGGAGUGCAUUGGAUUGGGUCCAUGGUGUUUUCUACCAUGGUUGGUAUUGCCAACUACGCGAUCUAUCUAUCUUCGGUCGACUACAUGAUUGCCUCCUACGGCCCAUACUCCGCAGUGUGGUGGCAACGCCUUCGCCCGAGAUCUCCUUGCUGGUAUAUCGGCCAUGUACGCAACGCCGAUGUACAAUAA